UGCACCGUGUUCAUAGGUAUUUCAGAUAGGUCAAAUGGCUUUUCACACCGACCGCUUAGGUGUCUUGACCCGUCACUUGCACUGCAACAAGGCACUGAGCAAUGGAAGGGAUUCAUUCGUACAGUUUGAGGUACAGGACUUGACCGAGGUCGAAGUGUCCAAGGGAAGAUCGAAGGUAGAUAUGGCAGGUAAUCCAAUCACAUGUCAUGUGCUAGACACAGCAACAGGGAAGCCAGCAUCAUCCAUGAAGCUUUCAUUGCAUAAGCAGACUGAUGCUGGAUGGGAAGAAUUGGUUAGUAAGGCUACAAACAGUGAUGGGCGUGCUGGUCAGUUCCUUAGCCAGGAGGCUUUUACCAAAGGAGUAUACAAGAUGUUCUUUGAUACUGCGGAUUACUUUAAACAGCAGAAUACAAAGGGUUUCUACCCAUAUGUAGAGAUUGUCUUUGAAAUUGAGCAGCCAGCUGAGCAUUACCAUAUACCGCUUCUCUUAAGUCCUUAUGGCUACAGUACCUAUAGGGGUAGCUGAAGAGUUGGCUAUAUUUUUGUGAUAGCAGUGAAUGUUUCCUUAGUGGCAAAAACUGUUUGACUGUGAGGAAACAUAAUUGGUACAUUUUGCUGAAUAAUUGUGCUUCCAAGUUAAAUGUGAUGUAUGAUGAACCCUUUUUAUUUUUAAAAGAUGACUACUUGAUGACAUGAUUGUAAUCCAUUUUAUUUUUUAUAGUUGUAUACUGUAUUUUUAUAACUGUAUACCACAUCUGAAAUAAUCUUGUGAAGAGAGGUGAGGCUGUUUGGUUGAACAUUUCAAUUGUGAUAGCAUUUGAUAUGCCUAUUACUAAUGGAAAAAAAAAUGUUAAUGUUGUAGGGUGUGUUAAAUAUUUUAGAAAAUAUGUUUGUAACUCUAAUCUUCUGUGUAACAUUGUUUACAUGCUCAACAGGUUAACUUAUAUUAUAGAUGGGUUAUUACUCAUACGGUACUUCAAAACAGUUUCAUUAGGAGAAAAUAUUAUGUAUAUUAGAAAACAUAACCAGAGUACACUGAAUUAUUAACUGAAAUAAAUAAUGAUAAAAGGGUG